AGGCGGGGUGGCGGCCGCGGCUACAGCGGAGAGCCAGGUUUAGUCACUCCCGUAGGCCCCAAAUUACUCCCUCCGGAUAGCUGGUAGAGCGGGAGAGAUAUGUGCUUUCUCCUUCUUAAAACACGUGGCUUGUGUCCCGCCUAACGGAGUGGUAAUGAAGGCCGGAGCUAGGCUGAUUAAGAAAAGAAAAAGCAAAAAGCAGGAAGAAGGAGCCAGUUGAUGCAGCUGCCAAAACAAGGCGAGGCCAGCAGUCGGGGCCUGUGCUGCGAUGAACAUGGCAAAGUCCCUGACAGGAAAAAGGAAGCUCGUUUGGCAGAGCAGUGCUGGUGGAGGGACAAAGGUCUCAGCUCAGUCACGUCUGUUGUCAGAAGCCACAUGGGGAUCUGGACUCCUCUGAGGUGAUGUUUAAGCUUCCACUGGUCCGAUUAACCGUGGCUUUGCUUGCUUGUGGUAUAGUCGAGGAAAGUGGAGUGUAUUCUGCAGUUUCCUGCAUUACAGUCCAACACAGUGGUCGGUGCUUCAGAGACGUGUGGUGAGGCAGAGCAAUGAUUCCUCCUGGGCUGUGUGUUCUCCCGCCCAUCCUCUCCGAGAACCGUUUGGUGAACAGACAGCAAGUAUCCGCUCCGUGAGCUGGGCUGGUGGGACACGAUGCAUACCGUUGGUUUGCACUGCCUGAUCGGGUGGGUUCAGAAAACGAAAGCAUGACAAUUUUCCACAUGGUCAAAGAAGAGAAGAAAAAGAGAAUGUUAAUCCACCUUCAGCUUUGAUGACAUCUUUUAAAUCAUUCCAGCUGGAGCUUGACACCAGGCACGAUAAAUACGAGCGGCUCGUGAAGCUCAGUCGGGAUAUAACGAUCGAAAGCAAAAGAACGAUAUUUCUGCUCCACAGGUUCAUCAGUGCUCCCAAUGGGGAAGAAAUAUUAAAUGAAUCUGAAGUCAAGCUAGAUGCUGUCCGACGGAAGAUCAAGCAGGUUGCACAAGAACUGAUUGGAGAAGACAUGUAUCAGUUCCACAGAGCUAUAUCUCCAGGACUUCAAGAAUAUGUUGAGGCAGUUUCGUUUCAGUAUUUUAUCAAAACACGAUCUUUGAUCAGUGUUGAAGAGAUCAACAAACAACUAAUAUUUACAGCAGAAGACAGAGAAGAAACAACAAACAUGACCUCCAAUUCCCAUGAUAAGCAGCCCCAUACGUGGAGCCUGAAGGUGACACCGGUGGAUUACCUGCUGGGAGUGGCUGAUCUGACGGGAGAGCUGAUGCGGCUGUGCAUCAGCAGCGUUGGGAACGGGGACAUAGACACACCCUUCGAACUGAGCCAGUUCUUGCGUCAGAUUUACGAUGGCUUUACUUUCAUUGGCAACACCGGACCUUAUGAAGUCUCCAAGAAGCUCUACACCUUGAAACAGAGUCUGGCAAAAGUAGAGAAUGCCUGCUACACGUUAAAAGUCCGGGGGUCUGAAAUCCCAAAGCACAUGUUGGCUGAUGUGUUCUCCACCAAAACGGAAUUGAUUGACCAAGAGGAGGGGCUUCCUUAAGAUCAGGAGGCUCUUGCUACUCAGAAGAGAAGAGGACAUAGAGAAGGCUCUUUAGUUACGGUUUGUGGGGUUUUGACCCUCCUCAGAGCUUUUUAGGUAGAGACAUUUUUAGUUUUAUCUAUGAGAAAGCUGUUUGCAGUGGUAAUUUGUAACCAAAAACACUUUCUAUGAUGUGCAAGAGAAAAAAUGUUUGACUUUGGCCUCUUGGUAUGGAAUUUCCUGUAUUGCUCGCUCCAUUGUAUCUUUUUUCAGAAUGACCAAAAUUUCCACUGCACUCUAGUCCACUGACUCUCAUUUGUGUGACUCACCUCAAGCUGUUGUUGGUACAAGUUUUCUUCAAGCACAGCAGUGGAAAAAAAUGGUUAGGUGCUUUUGUUUAGCAUUAUCCAUUGGUUUCUGCUGAUCCAUUUUCAGUGUAUUUGGGUUCUGUACUCAUACCUACAACAAUGCACCUGUGCGUUAAGUGCAUCCCUCGUCUUGAAGCUGGGGUGGUCUCAACAGUGCCAUGUAAUUCAAGUUUUCUCUGAUUAGUGCUUUAAAGUAUGAAAAUAAGUCAACUUUUUGCCAAUUGAUAGUGAAGCUAAUUGCACCAGGUGAAUACUACUGUCACCCGUUAUUUUGGGUCUCUGUUAAAACUGAGCUCUGUUUGAGCUAACACUGGUACUUCACAGUUUUGAGAUGAGCUAGGAAAUCCACAGAAAAUAACUGUGGAAAGUAUUGUUUUACAUUUUUGUGUAAUACAGUUUAAUGCAGAAUCUGACAUAUUUCUGUUUGUAGACAAAAGAAAUUGUCAUACAAAGUAUGUAAUUUGGUGCUAGGACGAGCAGUUUUUGGCCAGAAUAAAUGUGUUGCGGUGCUGGAAGUCUGUUCUCCAUUGUUUGUGCUGCCCUGAGGACCUCCAGUGGGACUGAACUGGUAUAAGUGAAAAAGGGCCAGCCAAGCUUUAAAUAUAUGUUAGCAGGAACUAUAUCAUGUGCAUGUUCCUGUGGAAAGGAAAUUGCAAACAGAAGUAAGGCAGGCAUUCUGGUUUCCACAUUUAUCUUUGAGGAGGGUAUGUCACUGUUGGCAAAAAAUCAGGGCUUUAUGCUGGUGUCUGAAGUUAUGAAAGUCUGAUAAUGUACAUAAUGCUAAAGGAAAACAGAUAAAACAACAUGAUCUCUAGACUCCAGGAAAUAGGCCUCCCAACUGCAAUUGAAAAUACUGCAUGUUUUUUAUUUCCACUUCCAUAUGUUGUGAUACUGCCAAUAUUUUUCCCAUGAGCGUGUCCUGAGUAGCUGGAAUCAUCUGAUAUAUAGAUAGGAACGGGUAAAUAUAUUUCUGUCAAAUUUUUCCAUUGUUUCCACAUAAAGCAAUAUGUGGUGGGUUGAACAAGGAGUGGAGUUUUUCCUAUUGUUUAAUACUAUUUUUUACAAUAAAUCUUGAAAAGUA